ACCAAUUAUUUCGAACAUAUUCAGGUGAGCGAUACUGGCCCACUGGGCCUCUUGUUAUAUAAAGGUUGCUGCUUGUGUAUGUACGCGAGUGAGUAAUAUGCUGUGUUUAAUAUUUAUGAAAGGUUGUUUGUUAAUCGAUAGAAUCGAAGACAAUUGAAAGAUGAAGGAAGAAUAAAGAGACUAUUAAAAACAAAGGCAGAACACAUCCGCACAGCUCUGGAAGCUGCCCUUAAAAGAAGGACAUAGUAUAAAAAGGCGAUGGCGGAACAGUCCCCUUAAACAGCAAAAUAAUUGGAGGUACGAAUAUUUUCUUUUAAAUCACGUUUAUAUUUAUGUAUAUAACGGGUAACAUUAUUUGCAGUUCGAUCCACAAAGUGUUAUAUUUGGAUGUAAAAUGCAAUUGAAUUGAAUAUAUGCGAGUCAUCAAACUGUCUCCAUGUGUUACUAUGUUUACUAUGUUUUAUUUUGUUUUAAUCAACAGAAUCGUAGACAACUUGAGACGCUACGAGACGAGAUGCAGCAGCUUAAUGAGGCAGCGGCUGGUAAGGGUAACGCGAAUGUAUCAUGAAUAGCGGAAAAAAGUAACUUUAAAACGACGUGAUUGUAAGAAAGAUAUCAUUUUCCGUUUGAAAACAAAAUAUAGGUUUUACUAUUUAUUGUUUUCUUAAAACAGUUUAUUUCACUUAUUCAGAUGAGAGAAAAGGAAGAAAGGAAAGGGGAAGGACAACUGGAGGGAAAUUCAAAUCUUUACCUUCGGACUAUAUUGUGCAUAUAACGUUCAUUUGUUAUAUAAUAUUAACUCUAUUUUAUUUGUUGUCAUCGCCACAUAGAAAGGGUGUAUAAAGCAAAAGGGGGAAAGUAUGUUAUAGAGCGAAAGGACAGGAGGAGAAUAGUUCGGAUACUGCCGCUGAAUGUGGAAGUUGUAGAGAUAAAUUGGAACAUAAAGCGGGGUUUUAGAUUUGAAAAACAAAUAUAAAAAACAUUAUUAAACAUGGGUCACCGUAGAGGGAAUGAACUUUCCGAUCAAGCAACUUUUGAUGGAAACAUUAGAAGAUCAGCUCAUGCAUAUAUUUAGACAGCAGUCCAAAACAAUUAAACUGAAUUUCUUGUUCGGCUUUGCAUUGCAAGAUAUAUUAGAGGAGAUGAGAUACUUCUAUCCUCUCAAUAACGAAACUAACGUGUCCACUUCCUUUUUACAAGUUGGAUGAUUUAGAUCAGUACUCGAGAAGGAACUGCCUGAAACUCAGUGGGAUACCCGAAUCCAAAAGGGAAAACACCCUUAGCCUGUAUGAUGCAAAAGGGGAGGGGAAAACCUAUGGAAUGUGUGGUGGGAUUAAUGUGCAACACAAUAGGAAAGAAUGUGUGGAGGGAUUAUAUCCCAUAAUUAUAGGUGGAGGUACAAUGUUCAAGGCGAUAAUGCAAGACAGAACAUGUCUGUGUGGAGGGAUUAUGUCACACUUCUAUACACAGCGAGUUGAAAUAGCAGUGAUGCAACCUUAUGUGUAUAUAAUGUAAACAUUUAGAGUCUCCACAAAUGGCACAAGAUAUUAUCAACCAUAUAAUUAAAGGAUAAGAUAAAAUAAGAUAUUACUCUGACAAGCAUAUCACAGCGUAAGGUAGACUAUCGUCUUGGAAUUACACAAGAAGUCAUCGUGAAAAAAGUCAAAGGUGAGCUGAAAAUCUGUUUAAAAGACUUGAAGAGUAUACAAAUAACAGGAGACUAUUCUAAAAAGAUACUGUUUCAAUCGGAAAGUUUACAGUGUGUUUGUGAUUUGAUACACUAACAUGUCGGAUAUUACAACAGAUUGUAUCCGUCAUACUUCGUAUCACAUUCGACCAGCAUACCAGUCCAUGAUUCAAUGUGAGGAUCUAUUACAAACGUUUAAGGACUGGCCCCAACAAAUACCACAGACUCCAAACGAACUCGGUCACAACUGUGUUUUUUUUAUUCAGGACAUAGAGAUAAAAUCACCUGUUUCAUGUGUGGAGUACAGUUAAGAUCCUGGAUAGCCUAUGAUACCGUCGAAAUCGAACAUAAAAAGUGGUCGACAGAUUGUGUGUAUUUACAAAUGGUUAUACCACAACACGUCUAAGGUUACACAGUAUCGUGCUAAUUUAUUAUGGAUAUAUUUGAGGAGACUUCAUUCUUAUAUGAGAAACGACAUUGAAGGAAAAGCUUAUAAGAAGAUUGUGAAAAACUAUGUCUAGCUUAUGCAUCAAGCGUGAAAUACCUCAUAUCGAAAUUGUUUGUAUGUGCAGGAUGUGUGGAGGGUCAAGCUAACCAGCAAGGACAUGAAUGUGUCAUGCUUGAUAGUGAAGACAGAAUAGAUAGAUAUUUUGAAGAAGCCCUGUCAACCGUCCACCAAUUAGAAGUGGAGAAACUGUGGCGCCAAUUUACUAUUCAAUCCUGUAUUCCUUCACACGUGUUACAACAUUUAAUGGAAGCUGAGUGUCUCCGCUCUGAAGAAUAUGUCAAACAACAUUUCAGUGGGAACAUUCUAGAGUGUAAAGAAAAUAGAUAUGGUCAGACUGACUCUUUUGCUUGAUGUGUACAGUUAAAUCAAAUAAAAUGGAGGAUAUACAUACAACUUUCGAGAAAAUGGACUUUUGAUUUAAUUUUGUGUAUGCUUUUCACCUAUAUCAACAAUCAUUUAAAAAUGAUGUUAUAAGACAUUUUAUAGAGGAAGUGAGCAGGUGGAAAAUUCCUAACGAAAUAAGAAACAAAUAUAUUACAAAUGUGUCUGGUUAGAAUGGAGAAAUAAUGACCUGAAAAGACACAGAGAAGAAAAAAGAUUGACGAAAUGAUUCAAUCUAUGCCUCGUGUAGAGAGUAGCUUUAUAAAACCGUAACGUUUAUCCUUUUUUUUCAUUUAUGUGGAGACUUUUAAGACAACAGCUUAAGUAUGUAUUCGUUAACCAAUGUAUUGUAAAUGCUAACUGAUUGUAUAACUUGUCCCAAUUAGUCUGGUCAUUCUGUAAUUUAACCUCAAGAAAAUUGCAACAGAAUAUUUUACGACUGUUUCCUUUUAAUUGAUUGUAUUUGAGUUUGUAUUAAAAAGUCUACCAAAAUCAACCUUCGGGAAAAUAGUUAAUUCCCGCAUCAAAAAAGAUAAAUACAAACGAGGAGAAUAUGGCACCCACGGGCCGCCGUACAUGAAGAAGAGCUCGCAAAGGGAGAUAAUUUGUAGUGAUCAUGCUAGUGCCUUGGAAAAUAUUCGGAAACAAAACAACGAUAACGGAGCCGUAUUAUUUCAUGAAUUACGGCUAUACCAGUAAAUAUGGAAGAAUGUGUUCUGUGUCAUCAUUCUCUCCAGGACGGACGGGAUAUAGCUGUGACCUUACGACAAAAAGGUAGUAUAGGUAUAAACGAAGCCAGCAAGGUACGUGGCGACUCCAUACUUACUGUCCCAGGUCAACAAGUACACCAAGAUUGUCGCAAGUCAUAUGUUAAUCCAAAGUCUAUGCACCUAAACCAAAAGAAAUCUCAGGAUAAAGAUACGGAUUCCUUAUUAGCAUCAAAAAGCAGUCUUCGUUCGAGUUCCCUUUUUGAUUUUCAACAACACUGUCUUUUCUGUGGUCAAUCUGCAAGAUUGUCUGGAAACAAAAGAGGCCCUGACGUAUUUCCAGUUCGAACUUCAGAUUUUGAUUGCACAAUUUUGGAUAUUUGCACAGACCGCAAUGAUGAUUGGGCUGCUGAGGUGAAGGGAAGGAUAGAAUAUGCAGCUGAUCUUUACGCUGCUGAUGCAUUGUAUCAUCAAAGUUGUAGUGUUAACUUCCGAACCUUCAGACAGGUACCCCAAGAAUUUUCCCCACAAACAAAGAAACAGAGGACACCAGUUGGAAGACCAUCAGCAAAAAGAGAAAGUUUUAUAUAUGCAACAGAGUAUUUGGUUCAGCAUGACAAUGAACAAAUUACCAUCAUCGAUCUGGUAAAGAAAAUGGCAGAACAUUGUGGGGAAGAAAAUGCAUAUAGUGUGUCACAUAUGAAGGUUAAAUUAUUAGAACAUUUUGGACCUCGGAUUGUGAUAUCUGAAAUUAAUGGUAAAUCAAAUGUUGUGACUCUCCAAUACACUGCUAGGUCUAUUCUCCAGGAUUAUUAUGAGAAUCAGACAAAGAGUAACACUGAAUCGGAGACAAAAUUCAUCAUCAUGACAGCAGCCAAACUUCUUAAAAAAGAUAUACGUGCAAUGCAAGCAUCUAAGGAUUACUAUACGGCGACUGAGGAUUUGUCUUCUUUGGACAAAAAUAUCGACUUUGUUCCAGAAUCUCUUCAGCUUCUGCUUAGGACAUUGUUUUCAAAAGACUCUGAACUACGUGUAGCUUCCAUUGGACAAGCACUUAUACAAAGUAGUGCCCCAAAGCAGUGCAUUUCGCCUCUACAAAUCGGACUUGGUGUGCAAUUACACCAUCACUUUGCAUCACGACUGCUGAUAGAUACAUUAUCAAAACUGGGAUUUUGUUCUUCCUAUACAGAAGUUCAGAAAUUUGAAUCAUCAGCUGCGUUUGAGAAAGGCAAAGACCGUCCUAUGACUGGCUUUGAUCUUGAAGGAUGUCUGCAAUAUGUAGCAGACAACGUUGACCAUAAUACAAGAACGCUUGAUGGCAAAAAUACAUUUCAUGGUAUGGGCAUUAUAGCUGGAGUUACCCCUGGAAUAACUGGUUCCAUCAAAGUUCCAAGACGGGAAGUAUCAGCUGAGGAAUUGCGUGUCAUGGGCAAAAUCAACGUUAAACAUUAUGUUAAAAAACUAUCUGAACAUGGGUUUGCUGCAUUGAAAUAUCAAGAACUUCGCAAGAUGACUGUUGUAAAUAAAGCAGAAAUGAUGGACAUCUUACAUAGUGUGGCUUGGCCUUUAAGAACACCUGCUCCAAUCUGGUCUGGAUUCAUGCAAAUGGUGAGCAAGGGCAAUCAUCCAGGACAAUCGUCAAUUGUGUUCCUUCCUAUGAUAGAUAUGGAUCCUACAAACAUGUCAUGCAUCUACUCAACCAUACACUUUGUCACUUCAGAGGCUAUACGUUAUGGGACAACUCCAGUCUUGACCUUCGACCAGCCCCUUUUUUGGAAAGCAAUGGAGAUUGUUUGUAACGAACUUCCUGGAAGUGAUAUAGCUGAUGUAGUUCUACGUCUGGGAGGUUUUCACACAGAGAUGAGCUUUCUGGGAAGCAUAGGUCGUAUCAUGAGUGGGACAGGACUACAGGAUGCGUUAGAAACUAUAUUUGCUCCGAAUGCCGUCAGUCAUAUGCUCAGCGGGAAAGCAGUAGCCAGGGCUGUGAGGGGAUUUAUGCUGGUGGAUUUGGCUUUACAGUCUCUACUUGUAGAACAGAUGUUUCAGGCACAGUGUGAAUUCAACGAAGAGUGUACAGAAUAUCCAGAACUCCUCCAAAGUGUUCUUGCCCUUUAUGAUAACUUGAUGAGUGAGCACUACAACAGCAGUGAAUCAAUUGAAUCAAAUGAAUCUCUGACUGAAAUUUCUACCAUGAUGUCAGAUUUGAAAGAGCAGCUUCAGAGGUCAAGGACAUCUUCUCUGUGGAUCACUUUCUGUGAAAUGAUGGCGAUUCUUCGACGAUUUCUAAAGGCUGAACGGACCGGAAAUUGGGACUUACAUUUACAGACAACUCGGGAAAUGUUACCUUACUUCGCAGCAUCUGGACACAACCUGUAUACAAAAUCUGCGUAUAUUUACCUCUCCAACAUGCAAAAUCUUGAAUCGGAACACCCAGACGUUUAUCAACACUUUCAGGAUGGUCAUCACGUUCUACGGCGUAGCGACCGUUAUUGGGCUGGUCUCUCUACUGAUCUUGCGAUUGAACAAGUACUGAUGAAAAACAUAAAAUCUUGUGGGGGUUUGACUAGAGGACGGGGAAUGGAUGAAGCCCAGAGAGCCCAGUGGGUGUUAUCUAUGCCGGCGUGUGCAGAGUACAAUUCAGCAAUGCAAAACAUAACUGGAGUGAUCACUCGGUCAGAUGAUCAGCACAAGGAAACGUCAAAAGGCCGGAUGGCGAGAGAUUUCAAGGACACCCAGACUAUCAUUGACUUCCUCAAAGAACGAAAUCCAUUUGCAGAAGAUCUUUCUUUACGGAAUAUCGUCACUGGAGAGGUUGCAGAUGAUACAGCAAAUGCAGACAAAGCGUUAGAAAUUGGGCAGAAGAUCCUGAAGAAGAUGGUGGACCAACCUGUUACUGAAUUUUCCUUCAAAAGAUCAGAACAAGUAAUCACAGUUGGAACAAAACCCAAUUCGAAAUCUGGAUUUGAUCAUGAUCAUAUUGAUGUGGAUCCCCAAUUGAUGUUCCAGCGUCUUAUAACAGCUGCAAAUGGUCUGUUUGAGAACACGUCGGAUGUUUUCAAGCAUGAAUUAUCCAGUUUCCCAUCAUCGUUAUUUGACAACAACGGAUUGCCACGAGAGAGUUGCAAGUCACCACUCGCAGAUGCAAUAUGGUCUCUCGGCACUUGUGAAGCUGACAACACCCUUGAUGAAAACGUGCAGCAUGUGAUAGAUGGAGGCUCCCUUUUACAAAGAAUACCCUGGCGAUCUGAGUCAACUUUCAAAGACAUAUGUCAAGUAUACGUAACACAUAUCAACGCCAGGUAUACUGACCCUGUCAUAGUUUUUGACAGCUAUCCAGACCACCCAGUCACAAAGGACAUUACACACAUGCGUCGGUCUAAAGGAAUCGUGUCACCCAACGUCAAUUUUGCGGAAAAUAUGCCAUUCAAAUCCAAGAAGGAAGCUUUCUUGGGGAAUCCUGUCAACAAACAAAAGUUCAUAGAUAUGUUGUCAUCAAAGUUGUCUGAAAGUGGUGUAAGAUGUCUGAAGGCUGUCGAUGAUGCCGAUCUCUUGAUUGCACAGUCAGCGGUGAACUUCUCAAAAGAACAGAAAACAGCAGUAAUUGGAGAAGAUACAGAUUUGCUAGUACUGCUCUGCCAUCAUGCAGACCCGAAUCAAUACCCUAUAAUUUUCAAGUCCGAUAAGCAAGUAGGAAGAAAACUAAAAAUUUGGGAUAUUAGCAAAACCAUCAAAUCUCUCGGAGAAGACAUUUGCAAUCUGCUGCCGUUUAUUCAUGCAAUAACCGGCUGUGACACAACCUCGAGACUGUUUGGUAUCGGGAAGAACAUUGGAUUAAAGAAAUGUAAAGAAAAUGCAUAUUUCAUGGAACAAGGGAAAACUUUCAUUCACAGUUUUUCUUCUAAAGAUGAGGUCAUUAAGGCGGGUGCAGAAUGCAUUGUACAAAUGUAUGGAGGAUUACAGCACGAGGGACUUGAUAUUCUACGCUGGAGGAAAUUUACUUCAAAAGUGGUAUCAGGACACGUUGGCGUCCAAAUUAAAACUCUGCCUCCAACCUCUGAUGCGGCAAAAUACCACAGCUUGAGAACUUAUCUGCAGUGUCAGCAAUGGAUAAACAAUGGACAGAAUAUUGAUCCUACAGAAUGGGGGUGGUAUAUUCAAAACGGAAAACUGUUUCCAGUCAAGUCGUCAAUUGCACCAGCACCCGAACAGUUAAUGAAAAUGAUUAAAUGCAACUGCAAGCUUAACUGCGAUACAAAACGGUGCACCUGUCGUAGAAACGGACUAGAGUGCUCAGCUGCCUGUGGGGAAUGUAGGGGAAUAAACUGCACUAAUUCGAAUCCUGUGACCGCAGAAGACUUGGGCGAGGAUUAGAAUAAUGCCCUGUGAAAUAUUGUGAGUAGUACAAAACAGUACGAGGACAAGUACAAUUGCAUUAGUCCAAUGGACGAUUUUGGAAACUUAUUAACAUCAUUUUAAAAAUGUCCUCAAAAUGCAAAUGAGUGGCUGCCAUGUUGGUUUCCCUGUCUAUGGUCAACAAGCGAAGAAAUAUAAUUAAUUCCGUCCUUUAUAAUAUUACACAUUUCACAAUAAUACUUACAUUAAGAUUUUAUUUGAUAAACAUUCUAUUCAUACUGUUUUUUGAAAAACAAAGAACAUGAAUUACCUUAGAACUUUGACUGCAAACCUUGAACUGAGCUAUGUUGGCGUCAGUUUGAACAACACCAGGAUGACGUCAUAAUUGAAUAUCGUUAUUGGCGCCAAAGUAUUGAAGGACACUUGACUUAUCAAAAUCAUCCAUUGUCUUUGGAAUUAUACACACACACAAUUAGGUGAUUUUUUCCACAAUUAGUACAUUAAGUUCUUAAAAUGAGAUAUGAAGUGUGAUUAUCUUACAUUUGAACAUAAUAUGUAUGACUUAUUAUUCCAAUAAUUGAAAAUCUAUGGCAACAUUUAACUUCUCGGCCACUCUUCAUAUAUGUCCUCUAUUUGACCUUGAACUAUUAUAAUGAAUUAAAUUGUCCCUGUGAUAUUUUUUAUAAAGUAAAUAAAAGUUGUAUAUCCAGAUUGUUCUUUAAUUUAUUUGUAUUAGAAAGAAAACUAUAAUAAAUUUGAAUCUCUUCCUUCCUAUAAAUAUCCCAAAAUACGAAAAUACGAAUUAUAUAGACAUAUAUCUUGUGACCUUGAGAAAGGUCAUUCCCAUGAGUUGAUUUUGGUAGACUUUUUUUCCCUGAAAGCUGACAUGCUACCAAAUAACAUAAAGUAUGAAUUAAUUCUGUUGCAAUUUUCUUGAGGUUGGCCCUUUAUUUCGACCAAAAUGACCAGACUAAAGGGCCAAGUGAGCUUACGGCAUGGUGCGGCGUCUGGCGU